UGCACGCAAACAGCAGUCACUUUUUAGUAACAGCUGUCAUCUUGUUGUUCUAUUGCCGUUCAGGUGCUUCGCUCUCUUUUGUCGCUUGAUUAAUGAGAAUGAACAUCGAUGAGCUAAAUGACGACUGUCUCUGCAUUAUCCUGGCAUAUCUGCCACUGCGCGAUCAGAUAGCCAUGGCGCGGUGCUCGUUGCGCUAUGAGCAACUGCUGGCCGAUAUUGUGUGGAGGAAAGCGCGCUAUCGUGAAGUAUCCAUAUCGGAUGACAUGUUGAAGCCACUUAAUAAGGAGGACUAUAUGUUCUUCUUUGAGGUUACGAGCCCACAUAUGGAGAAGCUGUAUAUCUGGAAUGUACACGAGAAGGCCUUCGACUCGUAUUUGGGGAGGCAUUUGCUGCGACCCGAGCUCGCAUUCUAUUUGUGCUUGAGGCUCACAAACCUGCGCGAGCUCUGCGUCACGGAUGACUACAUGAACAAUAGCAUGAUACAAAUUGUGAGCAAAAGCUGUCCUCAUUUGAGCAGCUUAAGCGUGUCGAGCUCCUAUAUAACGGGCCAAUUUAUGGUCGAUCUGCAAAACCUGAAUACGCUCGUGGCAAGAGAGUGCUCCAUCGAGGCGUCGCACCUGACUGAGAUGCUCACCCAGCUGCAGUUAACCACACUGGACGUCACAGCCAAUAGAUAUAACAUAGAGCAAACUAUACUGCAAGCGCCUACAGCUAGGCUGUUGCGCCUACAGCGUUUGGGCAUCUCGGAUGCAAAAGACUUUGGCUUUCACAUCGGCGAGCAGCUGCCGGCGCUCAGGGAGCUGGUGGUCAGCUACCACGGCGUGAAGGCGGAAGACUUGCGAGAUAUGUUGGACAAUACACGGCAACUGGUUGUGUUGUCCGACUCCAAAUUCACAAAGCGCCUGCAGUCGAUCAUGUGCAAUGUGGUUGAUGUGGAAGUAGCCCUAGAGCAGAUGACGGGACUGGAAACUCGGAGUCCGCGCGCCUCUCCUCAGUUCUGCGAGCUCUUAAAAAUCAUUUACAAAUGUAAAUAGGGCAUAGAAUGUUUCUACUUUGAAGUUAUUUUUACAAUCUUGCGAUUAGAUAUUCUAAUUUUGGCAAGCGACAUUCACACAAGUACAGUGCAGCCUUAGUUUGAAAAACCUUAUCUGGUCUCAAUGAGCUGUGCUGAAUUAUUAGAGAUUUCGAAAAACGACAAGCAAACAUU